UUCUUUUUCAGCGCAUUGUCCACGAGGGUCUAUCCUCAAUCAUUUUGAAACAUGGGGGCAUACAGAUACGUCCAGGAGCUGUACCGCAAGAAGCAGAGCGAUGUGAUGCGCUAUCUGCUGCGUAUUCGCGUUUGGCAGUACCGUCAAAUGACCAGAUUCCACCGUGCGCCUCGUCCAUCUCGCCCGGACAAGGCCCGCCGUCUUGGAUACAAGGCCAAGCAGGGCUUCUCCAUCUUCCGUAUCCGUGUUCGCCGUGGUGGUCGCAAACGCCCGGUCCCGAAGGGUUGCACGUACGGUAAACCCAAGAGCCACGGUGUCAACCAGCUCAAGCCGUACCGCUGCUUGCAGUCCGUCGCUGAAGAACGUGUCGGUCGCCGUCUGGGAGGUCUGCGUGUACUGAACUCGUACUGGGUAUCCCAAGAUGCUGCCCACAAGUACUUCGAGGUCAUUAUGGUCGAUCCGGCUCAUAACGCCAUCCGCCGUGACCCUAACGUGAACUGGAUCUGCAAGGCCGUGCACAAGCAUCGUGAGCUUCGUGGUCUCACUUCCGCUGGAAAGAGUUCGCGUGGUUUGGGCAAGGGUUACCGCUACUCCCAGACCAUUGGUGGAUCGCGUCGCGCCUGCUGGCGUCGUCGUAACCGCCUGCACCUGCGUCGCUACCGUUAAGCUGUAUCACAUUACUGUGUGGCAAGCUUGGUGGAUAUUCGAAAAGCAAGUUGUAAUUUCUAUCCACACAAUAAACACCCUCUGAUAAUAA